AGCCGUGCAGAGCAACUUCAGUGAUGCGAAACUCUACACACUCAUUGAUCAAAUCAUGACAUUCUGGGUUAAAUGUAUCUGUAUUUACACUCCGUAGACAGACAGUUUCUGUAGAUAUGAAACUGAACGUUUCAAGUUCAUAGCAGAAGCACGAAUGAGUUUCAUCAGCGUUAUUCUGCACAAGUGUUAAACCCAUGUUACCCAUGAUUCAUCUGUGAUGGCAGGAAAGAGUCGUUUCUCAGCGUCUGACCGGUUAGAGUACUUGCAGGGUCUGGUCACAGAGUUUCAGGACACUGACAGUGAGGAGGCUAAAGAGCAAGUGCUGGCAAACCUGGCCAACUUUGCCUAUGAUCCAUCCAACAUGGAAGCACUGCGAUUGCUCCAGAUCACUGAGCUCUUCCUGGACGUGCUGACAGAAGAGAAUGAGAAUUUUGUGGAGUUUGGAAUUGGUGGUUUGUGUAACCUCAGCAUGGAGCGGGAGUCCCGUGAUCAGAUCCUGCAAAGUGGCGGAGUCCCAUUAGUGAUAUCCUGCCUGUCGAGUAACAGAGAUGAGACGGUUCUCUCUGCCAUCACUACAUUAAUGAACCUGACCACAGCAGCCUCGCGCGCUGAGACCACAGACGGUGCUGUGGUGCAGUGCAUGCUGCGCUUCUCCCUCACACAGAACCCGCGCCUCAGGAACCUGGCGUCGGUCUUCCUGCAGGACUACUGCACACAGCAACAAGUGGACAGAGCUCAAGAGGAAAUGCAGGGACAAAGCCAAUCAGCGGUGGGGAUUCCACUGCCAAAGGACUGAACACUUGAUUUUGAUCUUGUAGUUGUUCCU